AUGAGUAGUUUAACAAGAAAUUUAGGUGAUGCACGUAAUGCAUUUGAAGACAAUGAUAUAAAUAAAUCAAUACAGGCACAUAAUUCCCCCGUUGAUGAAGAGGAUAGAAAAGAACCACAUAAAGAAGAAUCAGGUGAGUUUAUUAAAUCAAUUGUUUUUGGUGGAUUAGAUGGUAUUAUUACAACAUUUGCAAUUGUAGCAGCAGCAACAGGUGCAGGUUUAACAAGAGGUGUAAUAUUAAUUGUAGCAUUUGCAAAUUUAUUGGGAGAUGCUAUUGGUAUGGCAGUUGGUGAUUAUGUAUCAGAGUUGGCAGAAGAGGAUCAAAUAAAAUUAGAACAAAGUAAAUUAGAGAAACAAAUAGAGGAGAAUCCAGAAGAACAAAAAUUAGUAUUAGUAGAGUUAUAUGAGGAUAAAGGUUUUACAAACGAACAAGCUAAAAGAAUUGUCGAGUUAUUAUUCCCAUACAGAAAAACAGUUACAUCAAUUAUGAUGAUGGAAGAGCAUGGUGCAGUUGCAGAGGACGAGGAAGAUGGAGGCUCUAAAUAUGGUGCUAUUAAAAGUGCACUUGUAACAUUUGGUUCAUUUUUAAUUUGUGGUGGUAUACCAUUAUUAUCAUAUCUUUGCUCUGGUCAUUACAACAUACCUGGGGAUUUCGAUAAAAUAUUCAUCAUUUCAAUUGCUCUUUUCGCUUGUGUAUUAUUUGCUUUGGGUUGUUUUAAAGGAUAUGUAUCAAAUAAAAAUAUUCCAAUUUCUGGUAUUCAAAUGUUACUAAAUGGUGCAAUUACAACACUGGUUGCUUUUUGGAUUGGUUAUGGUAUUGAAAAAGCACAAUAA